AUGGAAUAUUGCGAGGGUGGCGAUCUCAGAAAGGUCAUCAAUUACCAGCGAGGCAAGCCGGAAAAUCUCUUUGGCACAGAUAUCGUCCUUGGUUGGUUCACACAGCUGUGCCUUGCUCUUCAGUACAUCCACAAACAGAAUAUUCUUCACAGGGACGUGACGCCAAGCAAUGUGUUUCUGUCGGCCGAUGGAACAGUGAAACUAGGCGAUUUUGGCUUAGCUAAAAUUAUGCAGUAUCAAUCGCAAAUGAGGACAUCUGGUGGCGAUAACAGCGUCCUUUACCAACCCCCCGAGAUGACUUUGAGUGGGCAGCCGGCGUCGACAAAAUGCGAUAUGUUCGCCGUAGGCUGUGUUCUCUACGAACUUUGUACAGGUUCUCAGCCGUUCGAAUCGCCUUCUUUGAGCCAGUCUCUGAAAAACGCCUGCCGUAGCGUCUACAAGAGCCUGCCGUCUUGGCACGGCACCGAGCUUCGAUCUCUGGUGGACAGGCUUCUGUCGGCUAACCCUUACGAGCGUCCUUCCGCCGACGAUGUCUUACGAGAAACCUUCCUAAAACGCUUCGUGACUCACUUUUCGCCGAGGGAUACCGGUAGUUCAAUGUCCAUGCGAGACGAAGUGACGUCAUCGGGUCAGACUGUGACAGAAGUACUCCAGAGUAUUCGUGUGGCCAUGUCCGGGUCCGGGAACGAUUUCUAUCCUGAAUCUGAGAUUGGAGCCCCACCGAACACUCCGACAAUCCCUAUGGAAAGAUCCUUUCCGGAUAUCUCAAAGAUGUUUUCUUCCGCUGUCACCGGAAAGCGCGAUCCUGCAUCUUGUCAGUGGUUCGACACUGGCCGCAACUCUUCGAGACAAAAUCCGAAAGAAAGAUAUCUAUACCGUACAGAUAACUCUAAUAGAAUCACUAACGUUCGAUCGAGUGCUACUUCGUCCGGUUUAUCUCCGAGAGUCUGUAAUAAAUGUGAGGUCUCCGAAAAAAGCCCCCUCCAGAAAGUGACAGCAGAAGUGAAGUCGAUGAUUUCGAAUUUGAGAAAGCUGGACAGUUCCCAAAAUGGUCAGGAACGCUUUGCUUCGACGCUAUAG